AUGGAUUUGGCUGCCGGAGUCGCUGGAAAUGGUGUUGGAAGAACUAAGAACCGUCGGGCCUUUUACGAGCUCUCGCCAAUGCUGGAGGGCAUGGGUUCGUCGGAUAAGGUGAGGCAUGGGAAGAGGAGGCCGGCUCGGUUCUUUUGGGUCCGGUCCCGUGGCUUGAGCUGGCUAGACGGUGCUACUCCACUCUUUGAAGCGUGCGGCUAUCGCAUGCAGUGA